AUGCUGCCGCCAUCUCCGUUGGGGACAAUUGCUCGCUGCGCCGGUAUCGCGGGGGCUGGUCGGAGAGGUCGGAGAAGGCGUGAGGCGACUGCGCCGGCGCUCGGGGACGCUGAGAAGAGGGUAGGCGUCGCGCUGAGGGCCCAGGGGGAGGCUCUCGUCGGAUCGGUGGGCGGGCGGAACGGUGACGGGGGUGAUGCGAGGGACGUGAUUGACAGGGUUGGCGAGGCGGACGGCAGGCGGGCGGAGAAUGGCAGGGAACGACGACGGGCCCGUGAGGGGGACGCACUGUCGUCGCGGUGCGCUGAAUGA